AUGGGCAAGUCAGACAACGAUACCGAACGAGGCUCCGCGGGACCACGCCUGCAGCCCAGAGUGCUGACUCACCCUGAAGGACAGUGCACGGAACAAGAAUUUAAGAAGCAACAUGACUUUCUGGAAAGGGCAGAAACGAAUUUUAGCAACGCCUACUUGGUGACAAUGGCGCCCCUCAAUCUGCUCACAGUCGUCAGUGCCUCGUUCCUCGUCCUGGCCAGAGUCAACGGCACUGUAGCAUCACAACAACCAACCUACAAAGUCGCUUUUGGAAAUGAUGGAAAAUGCCUCGCCGAGGUCAAUGCUGCUCGCCUGGCCGCUGGGCUCAGCGCACUAGUACAGGCAGAAAAAGCGAAUGCCGACCGUAGGAUGCCUGAUACAGCUACUGAUUAUACAGGAUCAGGAGACACUUGGGCUUGGUUGCCGGUGUGCAAGGCAUUGAUUCCAGAAGCGGAAGAAAAAAAAGCUUCAAGGGGAGCGGGUACAACUACGUUCCAGAGCGGCACGUAUGCAUACCUCCCCGUUGAGAAUCCAGAUGCCGUCGAUUGCAAUGCCGUUGUGGACAAGUGGAAGGGUGCCUACAGCAACUUCGAUGGAUUGCCUCCGCCAAACAAGGAAGAAGAUAAUCUGUACAAAAAUCACGAGAACGUGUCUUUUGUGGCCCUGUACAACCCUUCAACGGACGCUACUGCAGAUUGCCGUGUCGUCACCUGCACAAAAACGACGCCUGAAACGGCAAGUUUCAAAGCAGCGAGGACCAGCGGGACAAAAACGGAAACGGGCUCCGCUUUGAUUUGCAUGACCGCGCCUGAUGUGCUUCCCAAGAAAGGAGAAAAGAGCCCUUUCACAGAGGAGCAGUGGGGACAGAUCGUGACCGCCAUCGAAGGCUCUGCCUCCGCUGUUGCACCCGGUGUUGUCGGCCUUGCAUUAGUGAUCCUUGGCCUCAGCAUGCUGUGA